UCAAGAACUCAGUCGUCGUCUGUCCGUUCUCGUAAAUUCGGGGUAACCGAUUAAGGAGCUUCAGUCUUCUGCUCGCUCAAGUCUCGCUUCCGGAUUAGCACGGGACUCUCGCACUUCUUCUCUCGUCCUCUUCCUUGUUUCGUGAAGGGUGAACUCACUUUCUCGUUUUUUUCAUUGUGUCGUUCUAUUUACUGUGACACAUACAAAAAUGCGUUAAAAAGAACGAAUAUCAACCAUGUCUACGGAAGAGAUACAUGUAGGGAGCGGCAUGUUUUCCGCGACGCUUUCGUCCGUUUUGCUGCUUCUGCUUUUUGGCCGUGUGGUGAAUGCCCAGAGAAGCUUAGAGUUCUUCGAUCUUCUGCCGGAAGAUCCAAAAUUUUACGACAAAAUGCGACCUCCCAAGAAGGAUGGUCAGGCAACCGUUGUACAUUUUCACGUUACUGUGAUGGGGCUCGAUUCCAUUGACGAGAAUUCAAUGACAUACGCUGCUGACAUUUUCUUCGCCCAAACAUGGAAGGACAAUAGACUCCGAUUGCCAGAAAAUAUGACAUCCGAGUAUAGAUUGUUGGAGGUCGACUGGCUGAAGAACAUGUGGCGGCCCGACUCCUUCUUUAAAAACGCAAAGUCGGUGACCUUUCAAACGAUGACAAUACCUAAUCAUUAUCUAUGGCUAUACAAGGACAAAACCAUUCUUUACAUGGUGAAACUGACCUUAAAACUGUCUUGUGCCAUGAACUUUCUCAUUUAUCCUCACGAUACGCAGGAAUGCAAACUACAAAUGGAAAGUCUGUCGCACACGACGGACGAAAUGAUCUUCCAGUGGAAUCCCGAUGUUCCUCUCGUUGUAGACGAGAACAUUGAGCUGCCCCAGUUGCAGCUCGUUAAAAAUUAUACAGCCGACUGUACACAAGUCUAUUCCACGGGUAACUUCACUUGCCUCGAGGUCGUAUUCGUGUUAAAGCGACGUCUCGGUUAUUACCUGUUCCACACCUACAUUCCAACGUGCUUGAUCGUCAUUAUGUCGUGGGUCUCGUUCUGGAUAAAACCCGAGGCCGCGCCCGCCAGAGUCACCCUAGGGGUCACCUCGUUACUCACCCUGUCUACGCAACACGCCAAGAGCCAAGCCUCGUUACCGCCUGUUUCGUACUUGAAGGCUGUUGACGCCUUCAUGUCGGUUUGCACGGUGUUUGUGUUCAUGGCGCUGAUGGAGUAUUGUCUGGUGAACAUCGUUCUCGGUGAUUCGGAUGCGCCCGCGAAAUCCGCGCCUCCACCACCGCCCCCGACCUCAAGUACCGCAGACUCGGCUAAACUCGAUAAGAUCUUCGAUAUCGCUACCAAGAAAUCACCGGCUGCCCUGCCACCCACUCCUGCACAAAGGGCGCGGAUACGAGCUCUCAACAUCGACCGCUUCUCGCGCGUUUUCUUCCCCUUUUUAUUCACCGUUUUGAACGUCACCUACUGGAUAAUGUUCGCUGAGUACAUUUAAAGGAUAGUGACGGGGUCACUUGCGGAAGCUUGUCCGACUGUCAAUGCUUGGAGAAAUGCGAGGGAACAAACGAGAAGAAAAGUUCUCUUUGCGACAGGGACGACAAAGAUGCUUAUCGGUGAUGGAACUAGCGGAAUCGAUACGUAGGUAUACAAUUUUUCUGAAAAAAUUUGUUUAUCGUUUAAAGAGUUUAAUCUGAGAAUGAAUUCUGAUAAAAUUAACAGAUAGAUUCGCGUUUAAAAUGUUGGAAUAAGUGUUGAAGGAUAAUUGCGACGGAAAGUAUAAUUAGCGCAAAUAAUAAGGAUAAAAUUUAGUGAUAAAGAAGUAACGUUAACAUACGCAUGUAAAGGUUUUAAAAAUGCUUCUCUUACUAACUUACUACUUACUUACUUACUUACACACACACACACAUUCUCUCUCUCUCUCUCUCUCUCUCUCUCUCUCUCUCUCUCUCUCUCUCUCUCUUUCUCUCUCUUUCCCUCUAUUUCAGGCUUCCUAGUUUAUUGAAACCACUAAUCCAGAAAUUAAUAGUCGAAACAUAACAAAAUCGAUAUCAGCUAUGAUUUUUUGGACCAUCCAACUAGAUUCUUCAUUGAUUUACAAAAGAAGAUCAAUGCUAUAUAGACGACAAUUCUGUGUUUAUCGAUGUUGAUAUGAUGAUUAAUCGAUAUCUAGUUACCAUAUCGUUAAUUCUACACGUAGAGAAAAAGGAUUAGCCGAAGAAAUUAAUAUAUAGCCUGUGGCAACAAAGAAGCAAAGUAGAGACAAUUAACGUGGCAAAAUCUUUUGAAUUUUACACUUUAAUUUUGUGAUUACAAAAAUAUUUAACUUGAAAAAAUUUCUUGCUACUGACGAGAUUCGAACUGAAGUUUUUGAGAUUAUAAGUCAGGUAUCUUACGUGCUGCGAUAAUCUUUCUGUUCGUAAAUAUGAUAGUAUAACUGGCACACUAAUAUUAGGUGUACAAAUAAAUUAGGUGUCUUUAAAUUCAAUCAAUUAUAAUUCUAUUUUAAAUUAAUAUUUUUUCCCACUGUUUUGGAGCUUUGAAGUGUUGAUCUUAACUUUUUAAACGUACCAUAUAACUUGACUCUGCUUGCGACAUAACCUCAAAAAACAGUAGUUUGCACCAGCAUGGCUUCUCAGAAGGAGCAUAUUAAGCCCUGUACUUUUUCCGCAUUCUAAUUAAAGAAAAAUGCUACUAAGGCUACUAAAAUUUGCUACGCUUUAUAUGAAAAUGCGGUGAUCCAUAAAAUGUGUAGAAAGUAGUUUCAAAAGUUUUAAAGUAGCAAUUUUGAUUUUACUGAUGCAGAACGCAGUGAAAUACCAAAAAAAUUGAGGAAGAAUUAGAGCAGAUAUACCAAAAAAUUGAGGAAGAAUUAGAGCAGAUAUCAAAUAAAAAUCUUUGUUAAACGUACCAGAAACUUGCUGAGGAACUCGGUGUAAUUUAAUACUACUUCGGUGUAAUUUAAUAACUAUUUCCGUUCGCUUAAAGAAGCUUGGGAGAAUAUAAAAGGCAGGCCAUUGGGUCCCUCAUGUCUUCAGCUUCGAAAACAAAGUGAUACGAAAACACUGACACGACAAUGUUCCUACUAUUACGAUUCAAACAAAAGGAUUUUCUUCAUAAAAUUAUAACUAAAGAUAAAAAAUGGGUAUUAUACGACAACCUCAAAAGACGUGGGUUUAUCUGGGUGAACUAUCAACAAGUACUGUUAAACCGAAUAUUUACACUAAAAAGUAUUGCUGUGUAUUUUGUGGGAUUUCAAAAGUGUUCUUUAUUAUUUAAAUUGCUCAAAUUCGGUGGGACUGUUACUUCUGAGCUAUUACCAGCAACAAAUGAUUAAUUUGAGUAAUGCAAUUGAGCAAAAAAGACUAUUUAUCAGUAGUAGUGAAACUAAACAGGUGAUUUUCUACACAUACACGACAACGCGCGGCCACAUAACACGGCAAAAGCAACUUUGAAAAUCAUCUCUUCUCUAAGUUGGGAAAUGCUCCCUUAUGCGGUUUAUUCUCAGACCUUGCCCUCUCGGAUUAUUACCUGUUUCGAUCGCUGUAGCAUCACCUGGUCGAUUCCCACUUCAAAUUUCUCGAAGAGGUCGAAAAAAGUAUUAUUGACUUUAUUGGAUCAAAACCACCAUCUUUUUAUCGAAACGAAGUUCGUCAAAUGUUUGAAAGAUAGCUGAAAUGUGUGGAAAAUAAUGGGGACUAUUUCGAAAAUUAAUAUGUUUUUUAUUUUUUUGUAAAUAAACGUCAAAAUCAUGCUCCGAAAAGGCUCCGAAUUUAUUUGUACACCUAAUAUAUAAUUUUUCAAUUAUAUUAUUUAAUGUGUUAUAAAAAAAUAAAGAAUUAGAAUAAAACGUUAUAUUUUCUGCAGUUUUAUUGUCAAUUUAAUUAAAAUUAUGGAAAAAAACAUCAACUAGUUUUAUCUUUAAUCGAGUUAUUUAAUAGUUAUAACUUUUUAUAUCACUCCUUAUAUGUAGUGUUAAUCAGUUAACGACAGAAUACUAGUGCGCGUAAAACAGUAGGAUGAGCCAUGUAAUUUCUUAUAGUCAAAAGUUCGAAAGUGCAUAAGAUAUUUAAGAAUAACUGCCACUUUUCGAAUUCGUUGAAUUCGUGCUAAAAUGCGCAUUUAAUUUCAGCUAAUAUAUAUGUAUCUCGCAAAGAAUUCACUUUAACUCUAAUAACCAAUUCUUAGUGAUGACAGAAAAACGGUUAAUCUUUUAACUCAACUUGAAUUAAAUACUGAAAUUUAAUUGAUGUUACUAAAUCUUCUUUUUAUUGUGUAUAGUUAAUGUAAAAUAGUUAAUGUUAUUGUGUAUAGUUAAUAGCUAAAAAGUUGUAACACUUUUUUGCUAUGCAUUUUGAAAUACAAAAGUAUAGCCGAUACCCUUAUAGAAAUAUCAUACUAAGAAUCAUUGAUAAUUACUUAUUAUCCAGUAUUUUUAAUACUGAAAAUAAGUAAUUAUCAAUGAUUCUUAGUAUGAUAUUUCUAUAAGGGUAUCCAGUAGAAGAAUUUGUUUCUUCAGGAAUUCUUAAGAGAUAGAUUUUUCUACUGGAUACGCGACUCAGCAAACAUAAUUAUGUAAUUGUUAUAUUGCCGUAAUAUAACGAAAUAUAAUGUGCAAUAUAACAUGUGCAUUACAUGUAAUAUACACAUUAGUUAUGAUUUCCCUUACAGAAAUAUCAUACUAAGAAUUAUUGAUAAUUACUUAUUUUCAGUAUUAAAAAUACUGGAUAAUAAGUAAUUAUCAAUGAUUCUUAGUAUGAUAUUUCUAUAAGGGUUCUCUCUCAAUAUUACAGCUAUAUGAUAAAAAUAUGACGUGUUACUAAAAUUGUAUAUAGCUGUUACACAUAUCGAUCACUGAAAUGUUAUAUAACUGGAAUAGCAUCUGGAAAGUCCUGAACAUGUCCAGGUUACCUUUUGUAUAUGUGUGUGUGUGUGUGUGUGUGUGUGUGUGUGUGCGCGCGCGCGUGCGCGCGUAUCUCUAAGCUAUUACCACUUAUUCGUUCUCACCUCUAUAAACAUUUCCAUAGGAGAUUCAAUUAUUACUGUAACAGUAAUUGUCACUGAUCAAAAAGUGUGUGACUUCAUUAUAAGAGUGAGUUCUACGAUUCAAGUUUUGUUGUUUUAUAUGUUCUUAUGCGCGUUGUAGUUUACGUAUGAAAAUAUAUAGGAAAACUAAUGAAUGAUCCAAUACCGGAUAUAAAAAUGUCACAUAACAUAGAUGUAUUGCAAAUAAUAUACUUGCUAACAUGUAUGUAACAUGUUAUAUUUCAAUUAUGUUGCUGUUAUACCAUUAUAACCAGUAAAUAAUAGAAUAAUAUAUAAGGUGUUCCAGACCUUCGAAGCUUUCGUGGAAGCAUAGUAUGAAUUGAGAUGAAAGGUCUGAUAUCGUUCAGUGAUAUUUGCAGUAAUUAUCGAGAUAUUAAUUAAAAAAAAUUUCUGAAUCAUGAUCACGCGAGAUAUGAAUGAUAUAGGACUUUUAUGUUCAUCUUAGUGUUUAUCUUGAUCCGUACUAUAUCUCCAUGAAAGUUUCGGAAAUUAUUCUGGGACAUCCUGUGUAACAAUUCUAAAAUAGAGUUAUACUGCAGUUAUAAAAGGAAAUUAUGCAACUGUAAUAUCAAUAACGUAUAACAGCCAUUUUAUUACGUCUUACUUUUAUGUCAUAUAAUAGUUACAUUCGGUGUUUGUUGGGAAAAAAGAUAUUUUGCGAAACUUAUUGAAAUAAUCCACACAGCAGAGGUGUCCAAAAUAUAUCAUAGGGUUAUCCUAAAGAUAUAUUUGAGAUAUGUGAUAUCUUCAAGAUAUCCCUAUGAUGUAUUUGGGACAUUCUUGCUGUGUGGGAAGAGUGUAUUGCAACAUUUAGCUACUCAUUGUUUAUCGUGAAUAUCUAGUUGAUUAUUUAUAGCUUAUCUGCAUUUUAUUUUCAUAAUUUAAUUAUAUAAGAUAUUCGGUAAUAAACACGACAACGACGUGUUGAUACCGUUAUAUCGUUGAGAUAUGCAAAGGAAGAUCAUAUUUCGUCGAUAUUAUGUCAAUGUAUAAUUGAACUACAGUUAUCUAUAUGAUGUCUAGAAGAUACUAUAUAAGUAUUGACAGAUAGUUGACGAUAUAUUCGGAAUCGUAUUUAAAUCAAAUAGAUACAUCGAUUCGAUUUGAAAUGAUAUAAGAUGGGGGAGGGAGGAAAAGGGAAUAACUCGUCAGCAUCUAUCUAGAGGUCUGUUCUUUUUCUCUAUACUGGCGGCACUAAUAAAGCGGGGUCUACAAUAGAAGUCGUAGAGUCGUAAGUCAUAGACAUUGAUCAAUCGCGGUCGAUUAUUCUUCUCGUACCCGACUAUCAUUGAUCAAUUUCUACGAUUUACAACUUUAUCCCUUAUAGAAAUAUCAUACUAAGAAUCAUUGAUAAUU